GCUCCUACGCCCCAGCCUCGUCGCGAACACUCGCGUAGCUGCACCUGUACGACCUGCAAUCGCGCAAGGCCCUCCCCGACAAAUGAGAAGGAUAGUACUCCUGCAGGUGCGAUGAGGAUCUGGCGGCACGCAAUGGCGGCUUUCGCAGCCGAGGAAUAUGCCGACGCAGUUCGUCUGCUCACAGACGCUAUCAGUGAGUCCAAGCGUGCCGAUGCCAGAGUUUCAUCCUGUGACAAAGCCUCGCGGACUGAAUCCCAUGCUUACUGGCAGGCAUCGAUCCUACCCGUUGGAUCUUCUACUCGACCCGCGGCACCUCGCACUACCGCUCCGGAACACACGCCGCGGCCCUCAGAGAUUUCCAACACGCGCUGAACUGCCUGGGUACACGCCCACCGCCGAAGUUCUGGUGCAGACCGCGCGAUGCCGCCUGCGCCUGGGCUCCCGCGGCGCGGCGCUGCUCGCCGUGCGCGAGGCGCUCAACGUCGACCCUGCUGAUGAGGCUGCACGUACACUGAAGCGGCGUCUAACACGUAUGGAGGAGGCCGAAGAGGCCUACCGGCAGGCGCGAGCAGGCGGAAGGUGGCGGGCAGCGAGGACGGCACGGGAGACGUGUGUGGGGCUGUAUGAGGAAGAGGAGUGUGUGGUCCCGGUUGAGGUCAGGUGUUGGAGUGUCCACUUGGCGGUGGCCGAGCGGGCUUGGGAGGAGGCUAAAAGUGCAGUUGAUAAGCUCUUGGCGGAAGAACCGCAAGCCAUAGAUGUAUUGCUAGCGAAGAUCACCGUGUUAUUCUUCGCAGGCGAUAUACCCGAGGCUCUCGAGCAAGCGAAGGCUGCAUUGAAGUUUGAUCCCGAUAACGUUGCAUUGAAGACUGCGUGGACCAGGAUCAAGAAUGUAUCUCGUCAUGAGGUUCGAGGUCGUGCAUACAGCCUCUUCCGCGAAUACGAGGCCGAGCUCAAAUGUUGGGGACGUGCACUGGAGUUUGUCCCUGACCGCCUGGAAGACGGAGGAGGAGGCCUGUUGCGGGCAAGCUUACUAUUCAACAAGGCGCGCGCUGAGUUGAAGCUGAAGCAAUAUGCUGAAGGACUCAAGAGCAUUGAUGCUUCGCUCAAGCUAGAUGAUCUUCGUUGGAAGCCAUAUCUCAUUAGAGGCCGCAUCCAAGUCGGUUUGGAGCUAUUUGAUCUAGCUGUGGAAGACUUCAAGAUAUGCUUGCAACGCGCACUGUUGAAGGCGAGCGAUGCAAGCACGGACGACAUUGAAUUACUUGAAAGCGAAUUGAAGAGAACUGAAAGGCUGGCCGCGAAGGCGAAGACUAAGCUAAAAGACUACUAUCAGAUCCUUGGCUUGAAACCGACCUGUACAUCGGCCGAAAUCCGCAGGGCUUACCGGACUGAAUCGCUGAAACAUCAUCCGGACAAGGGAGGGAUUGAGGAGAAAUUCAAGCUGGUCAAUGAGGCCUAUUCAACGUUGUCCGACCUAGAUGCUAGACUCAUGUAUGACGCCAAACGCGCUCGAGAAUCUCGACGAUCAACGUACAGCGCCGAAUCGGACGAAGAGUACUACUAGGAUGACAACAAGGUGAUAGAUACAGAAGUAUAUGGUAUAUUUCCGCCAGUGCAUUAAUGUUCUUGUCCAUAAUAGCUACGCUAGUACUCUAGUUAGGUUCUCUGAAGCAGCUCGAACACUCAUACUUACUACG